CUUCAGCUUUCUCUCCACCGUCGAUAUCCGACAAUGAGCAAACUACCGGAGAUAAAUGAUCUGUUCGCGCGGCUCGCAGUGAAUCUCCAAACGCUAGAUCCAACGGCUGAAAAUGAAAAUCAGGAACCCCUAGAUGGCAUGAUCUCGAAUCUAAACCAAUCUCUGAACCUGCCGGAGGGUUCCAGGGCUAGGGUUUUGGACACUGCACUCUCUUUGAUGUGCUUUAGAGCUCCACAAGUUUUUGAUUCGGUGAUCGAGUAUCUCGUGAAGACAAUUCUUGCUGUUGUGUCUUCGUCGAUGACUUGUAAAGCUCUGCGGUUUCAGAAAACGGAGCUUUUGUCCGUUGGCAGUGAAAUUUCAAGCUGUGAUUGUGCGGAACUGAUCGAAGUGUGUGCUGAUAUUCUGGCGAAAUUGCAGGGGCAUGGAAUACUUUCUCAUUCUCUGCUGCGCGCUGUCGUAAAAGCAGCAGUAUCAGCAUCUUGCUUUUAUGUUGGAAGAGAGUUAAAACAUUCCCUUGAUGUAAAAUCAAUGGGCCAGGGAAGGCCAACUAUUUCAAUGCUGCUUUGUUAUGUACCAAAGGACAUCUCCCUUAACAACCAAGAAAUACCAUUGAGGUUGCUAUUUUGGUACCUUGAUCCUCAAGUUCUAAAGAAUGACGUGUCACUUAUUUUGCAAGAUGCCACUCAUAGACCUUUUCUUUGCUUGAAUAUUGCUUUUCGUGAGAGGACAGAUUGGCAUUCUGUAGUCAUAUGCUUGGCACUUUCUCCUGCUAUGUUUGUUGAGACCAGAACCCUUUUGCAUAAUUGGUUUCUGAUGACGGGUUUGCCUUCUGUGUUAGAGCUUCAAAUUGAAUUGGUGUCCCUGAUACUCGAUGUGGUUUCAAGACCAAUGUGGUGGGACAUAACAAUGGAAAUUGGACAGAAGCUUCCUACUUCUCAUGCUUAUUUUCCACACAAGCACUGGCUAUUGAGGACAUUGGAUGGACCUUUAUCUUUCCAGAACUUUCUGUAUUUAGUCCAUAGUACAAACAAACCAGCACCUCAUGAUAGAAGACAGCUUGAUCCAAAUGUUAAGCAAGCUGCAAUAAGCGUCGGAAUGAUAGAUCACAAAUCUUGCUGGGCUUUGGCAAUGAACUUCCCAAAUUGGUUCUUUUAUGCCUUAAUGUUACUCCUCUGUGAAAAGAGUUUUCAUGACAAUUGUCCUUCAAAAGGAGCAGCAGAGGCUGCUGAAACUAAACGGCCACAUUAUGUUGAAUUACCCUGUUCAACAGCUGCUGCAAGGUAUAUUGCAUGGAUACUGAACCCUCUCAAUGAAUCUCAACAGGAACUGCUGGUUGAAUGUUUGUCUAAAUUAUCAGAGUCAUGGGCUCUCAAGAAACGCGCAGAUACAUACUAUAAAGAAACUGCUUACUACAGGACAAAACUCGAGGAGUCUAAGUUCCACAACUGUGACGGCAAUACUGCCCAGUUACAGGAAUAUGACUGUGAAACUGUCCAACUGUGGCUCCAAGAAUUUCACAGCCUGUACAUAAACUAUUGGAUUAAGACUCUUAGUAGUUCUACAGCAUGUGAAGCAAAAGCAUGCCAGGGGAUUGGCCUUCCACAAAACAUGAUGUUCAGGAGAAUUCCACUGGGCUUCCUGAUUGGCAGCUCCAAUGGAAUAAGUGAAGAUGGAUGUCAACUGCUACUGCAUUAUGCUGCAACAGGUAAAUUACUCAAAUUGAUGGAAACCGGCGCUCCUGGACUGAAACAUGGUAACUGGAACACGCUUGGGCAAGACGACUCAAUGACAUGGUUUGAAAAAUGCAGUGCAACUGAGGUUGUGAAUGGAGCCUCUCUUGUGUUCCGCUUAACUGACGUUGUUGAGAGUAUGGCGUCUUCAUUAUUUGCCACUGAAGAGAGCGAACUAGAUUUUAUUUGCCGGUUGAAGCUAAGGGCCGGCAAGUACUUGUUUAACUGCUUGAAAAAGCUCCUCCAGCAUACCAUUCUUGUUGAGGAUGAUGGAUUGCUCAUGCUAAGGGAUCUUAGCAGCAGACUGGUGCGGUGGAGGCAUCAAGGUCAAGAUGUUUUUCAGGAUUCCAGGGAUCUAAAUGAUAUCCUUGAUGCAUUGAAUCAUAAAUUAUCUUCCUUCUGAGAAAUGGCAGUUCUCUAGUUUUAUCUGUAAGGAAAUAAUUUGUCAUUUCUUUUACUUGUAUCUGUAAAUGUACAAUAUAAUCUUUGAUUCCUUUUUGUAUCUCUGCAAUGAAGCAUCACUGAUCAAUUGAUCAUAACCAUCUCUCAUCUCAACUCAACUCAGUGAGCACUUCUUUGCAUUGCUGUUGAAAGAGAUUACAACCAACUAUACACCACUGAGGAAUAAAUGGUAGAAAUUCCUCUUAUCGCAUGGAUUUAUAAAUUUGGUAUUACAAAGAAAAAGCCAUAAAACGGUAUCAUCUCUGGGUAAUCAUUAUCCCCAGGAAGCUGAAUGCUUUUUAGCCCCCUCUACCUUCGUGUAUAACAUGAUGCUUGAGCCUGACGCAUGACUGAACAACAAAUAUAGCUACUUGUAGACAAUUGAGGCUUGUUGCCCGCAAUGUCCUUCAGAAUCCAUAUGUAGGUUGUCAAAACCUUUAUUUUAUUACUG